AUGUCAACUCACGAAGAUACGCAAUGUCUGCCCUGUGUGAGCGAAAACACGGACGAUAAUAACGCGCACACAGAAGACAUACAACCCGUCAGCGAAACGACGGAUACCACCAUCAACCGGAGCGCACAGAUACAAGGCCUUAAAGGAGAAAGAGCGCAAGAGAAAUCCAGCGUUACGCGUUCUAUAACAAAGCUAAACAAACUAAUAAAAAACCGGGGGAGUCGAACGCUAAUCAGAGCUUUGGUCACGAAAAUAGAAAACCAAGUCCAGAGCGCGGAUUCCUGUAACCGCAAGCUUUACGAACUUCUACCCGAACAGGAACACGAAUCUAUCGAGAAAUGGUUCGUGGAAAUGGCCGAAAAGGCAGACGAAACUGUGGCAAAAGCAUACGAACACCUUGACGAACGCGAAGAUGAACCCCCCUCCGUCUCGGGAUUAGGCACGCACGCAAAAUCGACCACGUCUUCUACCUCGAAACUUUCAGCACGAGCAGCCGAAGCCCGUCGAAAAGCGAAGCUUGCACAACUGAAAACCAAACAAAUAGAAGAUGAAUCGAUUCGGCGAAAGGAACUUGAGCGCAUCGAAAGAGAACGACUUGCUAAGUUCGAACAAGCCAAACUCGAGCACGAUCGUCUUGCCAGAGAAGAAACCGAGAGGCGUCGCAUACAAGAAGCGAGAGAUCAUGCGGCACAAGCCGAACUUGAGGCUAGAUUGAUCGAGGCUGAGGCUGAAACAGACGGUUCUGGUUGUUCAGACGAUUUGAAGAAAAGACUUUGCGAUUUUAGCGAGGAUUAUCGAACUCCUGCUGAGACCGGAAAUAAGAUACGGGAACUCGGAAAUAAGCUGCCGGAAGUCGGAAAUACCCCCAAUCCAAAGGUGAUAAACGAUAAUAAAAACACUAACGAAUUAAGCGAACUUUUUCGAGAAGAUCCAGAGGAAAAGGCAAAAUCUACCGCUUCAUGGAUUGCCAAUCUACCAUCGACGACGAACGAGAAUCGACGUACCGAACCAAUGACCGCACCUAUAUCAUACCACAAAUCUAUACCAAAACUUACGCUUACGAAGUUCGACGGUGAUCCUCUAAAGUGGACAGAUUGGCUCGGUAUGUUCGAAGCAAUCAUUCACCGGUCGGAGAUGUCACCCUUCGAGAAAAUGACCCACCUUCAACAGAACGUUGUCGGAAAGGCGAAAUCCGUAAUCGCCGGCUUUCGCUACAACGGGAACCUUUAUCACCGAGCGUUGAAGUGUUUGGAAAACCGCUUUGGAAAACCUCAUAUCGUAGUCCAAGCCCAUCUUGAUAAGCUUUCGAAAGUGGCACCAGUUGCGGAGGACGACGCUCGUAGUGUUUCAGCAUUCUCCACCGUAAUUAACAAUAUUGUUUGGACAUUCCAGGACCUGGGCUACCUAGAUGACUUGAAAGCUGCGAGCAACGUCAAGUCUGCCAUUGAGAAACUACCAUCGCCCAUGAUUUUGAAAUGGAACGAACAUUUAAUACGAAAUAAGAUCAUACGCCCCACGCUGAUUACCCUCGGAGAUUGGUUGCAGGAACAAUCUGAAGCCUACGAACUAUUGCCCACGAAGCCAAAACCAAAGUUUGCUGGAAAAGCCGGAGUGGAUAGACAACGACGAAGACGAGACGACCCCCCUGCCAACUCGUACGCCACCCACGAAGGUGAACGGCCAACAACGCCUUGCUUGUUUGAAGACGGCAAUCACCCAGUUUCUUUAUGCCCGAAGUUCGCAGCACUUACCCCCGACGAACGAGCCGAAGCUGUCAAAGAGAAGAACCUUUGCUUUCGUUGCCUGAAAGGUGGUCAUCGUAUACGCGAUUGUCGAUCGCAGAAAUCUUGUGGUGUCGACGGCUGUCAAAAGAAACAUCACGAACUAGUCCACCUAGCAAAACAAGUCUUCGGAAAGGGAGACGCCAACCAACAUGUUAAAUCUUCGCAUUCCCAGCGCCAAUCGCAAGUUCUCCUUCAAGUUGUCCCUGUAACGCUUCACGGGCCGGCCAAGACCGUGAGAACUUAUGCAAUGUUAGAUUUAGGGAGCACUUGUUCUCUAAUACAAAACGAUAUUGCUAAUGAACUUGGUUUGGAUGGUCCCACAGAGAAAAUGAUGUUAAACGGCAUUCAACAUCGCAGUUCCAUCUUUUCCAAGAAAGUCAACUUUGACAUCAGCUCCUCGCAGAAUCCCAAUCAAAGAUGGACGGUUGACCAAGCGAGAACCGUCGAGAGACUGAACUUACCGAAGGUGAAAGUUGAUAUGCCUAAAGAAAAGACAAGAUGGCCACAUCUUGUUGAUCUUCCCCUGCCACCCAUCGAUGGGAAUCGUGUUACAGUUCUCCUUGGAGCUGACGUGUUCGACCUCAUCGUCCCUCUGGAGGUACGCACCGGUCCCAAAGGCGCUCCUGGAGCAGUACGGACGGCCCUCGGUUGGACAGCGACAUCGCACUUACCUGACCACAGACUAGAAGGGUCAGACCAUACAAUGAAGGUUCACGUGACAACGCCUGACGAGGACCUUCGACUCCAAGUUCAAAAAUGGUGGAAAACGGAGUCGUUUGGCUGCAAAUACGCCGAGGAAUUGCCCAGAACAAUCGAGGACAAACGAGCCUUGGAAAUCCUUGAGUCAACAACGAAGAAGGUUGAUGGCCGUUAUCAAUCGGGUCUACUGUGGAAGGAAGUGAACGCAACGUUGCCCAACAACCGUGUGGUAGCCGAGAAACAGCUGCUCGCCCUGGAAAAAAGACUGGACAAAGAUAAACACCUCGCUCUCGCUUAUCAAGGAACAAUUGAUAAUGACUUAGAGAAAGGUUAUGCAAAGAAACUCACACCGGAAGAAGCAGCUGCCCCUGUCAAACAGCAGUGGUUCCUUCCUCACCACCCAGUCCUCAACCCAAACAAACCAGGCAAAGUACGAAGAGUCUUCAACGCCGCUUCCCCCUUCAGAGGUGUAUCUCUGAACGACCAUCUGCUGACCGGACCUGAUCUGUUAAAUUCCCUCGUCGGCGUGCUGAUGCGUUUCCGCGAGGAACGAGUUGCUUUGUCUGCAUAUAUAGAAUCGAUGUUCUCCCAAGUUGCCGUCCCCGAAGAAGAUCAAACCGUUCUCCGUUUCCUGUGGAGAAAAGACCGUAGUUUGCAGCCGGAUGUCUAUCAGUUUCGUCGUCACAUAUUCGGAGCGAAGUCAUCGCCGACUUCUGCGAACUAUGUAUUGCGCCAAACAGCAAAGGAUAGCUCUGACGAAUUUCCUGCAGCUGCAGAAACGGUCCAGAGAAACUUCUACAUGGACGAUCUCUUCAAGUCCGAAGAGGACGAGAACACAGCAGUACAGACCCACGAGAACCUUAACGAGUUGCUUUAAUCUUUAAUCUUUAAUAAAAUUUCUUUUAACACGGUAGCCUAUUCAGUAUAAUAUAUACAGUCUGUUUUUCAAAGGGCCGUGCUAUAUAGUAUUAAACACACAUUAACUAUGGAUAUUUACAGUUAAUUACAGCACACAAUUAUUACACACUCCAUUAAUUUCGGAAAUGCAUUAUACAUUAUUCAUGUGCAAGCUAAAGGGCUAAACGCCUUUUGAAAUUGGGUAAAGAUAAAUCCUGAAUGUUAUUAGUUACUUCAUCCGAUAAUUCGUUCCACCCUUGUGCUGCUCUAUAAGAGAAACUUCUUUUAAGAAAGUUGGUUCUUGGUUUAGGCAAAGAUAGUUUAACAUUAUUGCUUCUUAGAGAAUAAUUACUAUUUUCGCAUCUCGUGAAGAAAUUCUGCACAUAAUCAGGUAGUCUGUUAAAGCUUUAAACGUCAUAAUGAUUUCUCUUUUCUUUAAAAUGUCUUCAAUUGGCAUCCAAUUGAGACUUUCUAGUAUUUGAGUGGAACGAACAUCGUAUGAUUGUCCUGUGAUAACUCGAGCUGCUCUUCUUUGUAACUUAGAGAGUUUGUUAAGAAUGGUAUUAGAUCCAUCAUUCCAUAUUGUUGAGCAAUAUGUCAGGUGAGGAGAUACUAGAGCAUUAUACAUUUUGAUUAGAAUGUGUAAAGGAACAAAGGACUUGGCUCUUCUUAGCAAUGCAAUAUUUUUUGAGAUUUUUUUACAUUGUGCGUCAAUGUGUACACCCCACUUUAAUUGAUCGUCUAUGAUAAAACCAAGAGAUUUUUUAUUGGUGACCCGUUUAAUAUUAUUAUCUCGUAUGGCUAAUGAAAUCUCUGGGUUGUCUUCAAAUUUAGUAAGAUGAUGUCUAGAGCCAAUUAUCAUAAAUUCCGUUUUGCUAUCGUUUAGCGUGAGCUUGUUACAUCUAAGCCAACUAUGAACAUUCUCAAGAUCUCUUUUAAGUUUAGUCUCGAUUUCAUUGGCAUCUAAGCCGGCACACGAAAGAUUUGUGUCAUCAGCAAACAAGUUAGCCUUGGUUGUUUCUAGGCACUUAGGUAGAUCGUUAAUAUACAAGAGGAAUAGGAUGGGGCCAAGGUUAGAACCUUGUGGUACCCCACACCUAAUUUCUCUAGCAUGUGAUUUUUUCCCUUUCAUUAAACAAAUCGAUUUCCUAUUUUGGAUGUAAGAUUCAAACCAUGCGUAAGUAGUUCCUUUUAUGCCGUAUAGGUGAAGUUUCUUUAAUAAGAUUUCAUGGUCGACAGUGUCAAAAGCUUUUUUCAAGUCCAAGAACAGGACUCCAUUGAUUAAGCCACUGUCCAUGUUAUAUAGAUAUUCCCCCUAGCUCCAUAGAUAUUCCCAAUACUAAAUUUAAUGUUGGAAAUGUGAAUUUGGACGAUAUUCGAACGUAUAAAAACAACAACACUCUUGUCUAUGAUGGGAAACGUUUAAAGUGGAACGGCAACUAUGAUAAACUGGAGAGUUUUAUUCAAAAUACCGUUGGUUUGAUCGGUAAAUGGAUUUCACCUGGCGGGAACUCUAAGAAGUUUAUAAACAACUCAGAUCUGACAAUAACCUGGUAUCGCGGCAAACAACGAACAUUAGUUGUCCAAGGUAGCGAAGGGGAGUCUUUAAAGGAAUUACUGGUAAGACUAAAUAGUGAACUUAUGUUGCCCCAUCAGAGUGACACAGGCGUACAGUCUGCUGAAGUCUCAGUAAUAACUUGCACCGGUGAUAUAAGCGAAGUAAGCAACCUAACAACCGAGAAUAAUGAUUAUGGAGCCGAGAUUCCUGUCGCCAAAAUAGAUAUAAUAUCACCUAUUGAUAAUUCGUCGCUUGCGGAGCUUGAGAAUUUUAUUGACGAUUCAUUUUGUAAUAUUAUGAACUCCCGACACAGUGAAGUAACGAAGGGUACUGUGGAACAAGUAUUUGUAAAUUCUACCCCCUUUAAACAAUGCAAGAGCGACAGCGCCACUAUAAAAAAUGCAUUAUUUGACAAUUUUAAAGAGAAGGUUGAAUGUGAAAUAUCAAAUUUAUUGGCUAAACUCACCAAGCAAGACGAAACUAUCAACAUAAAUAAGCAAGAUAUAUGCAAAUUGCGUGAAGAAAAUUUGCAUCUCAAAUCACGUAUCUCCAAAUUAGAAGGAAAGAUGGCCUCGGCCUUCAUAGAAAAAUUCCCUGGUGCUAUUGAAAUAUCUUGUGUCACACCUACAACGCAGUACGUCCCCAUAAGCACUAAGAAAAAGGCCAACGAAGACCGACUACCGGAAAGUAAUGUGCCUAAUAUGCAGUCCAAUCCAGAAUUUAGUGUACCUACUUAUGAAAAUUUGACCUUGCAAUCGCGAACCCAGCAGUCAAAUAAGAAUUGUUACGACCGCCCCCCAAAGAAUUCCACUCCUUGUCCAUUUCUUCUGCGUCGAGGUUGGUGUCGAAAGGGAAACCGAUGCGACUUUCAGCAUCUUAAACCAUCUCGCAAUACACAUAAACAUAAUGUCCCCUGUCCGUUUUUGCAGAACAGAGGCUUCUGUCUGAAAGACGAUCGAUGUGA